AUGUUACCACGAAAGCCGGCUGACGUCCCACAAGAUAUAUGGGAACUGGAGCAGCCAUCCAUCCUGGGCAUGGCGUACGGGAGAUGUGCGGACUCUGACGAGGACUUACCGUCGUCUGCCUUUGUUGCAGCCUCAACUACCUCGUCACGUUCCCGAUCGCGCUCCCGGGAUUUGCCGACGGUCUGGAGCGACUUGUGGAAUAUUAGCCGGGCGGAAAAUGCGCUAGCCUACCAGCUCCGACUGCCUGCCGAUGGACUUCUCCCCCACACGCCGGUCUCGAGCGCUCAUGUGGUGGAACACUUGGCAUACCGUGUAUGUCGGCAAGGCUUCUGCCACUCCGAGGACUUCUGCACUAUGGCUACCCUUCUUCCAGAGCAAUCACAUGUGAAGCGACGGCAAACAACCACUUCAGACGGCGCCACAGGAGGGUUGCAGCGUGCUUUUCUUACAGGCGCUUACUCGAUAGGUGGCGGCGGUAUCCGUGGUAUUCAGACCAACACUGGUCUGUUUCCUUGGCUCACUACCUGGCUCACCUCAGUGAUUCGAGGCACUAAGAGUGAUCACCAGUUCAGCAGUUGCGCGUUUUUGGUCAACACUUUACAUUAUAUGCAUCGCGACACUGGGAACGCACCGGGCUCCACCAAUCUGCUGAUUCCAUGCAACCGCUGGAAAGGAGGCCAACUCUGGUUGGCAGACGCGGGUGGAUCGAUAAGACUGGAGGAGAAUGGGCCGCCAGGUAUACUCUUGCCGGUGGCUCGACCUUACCUCCAGCUGAAUCCGGACACUUUGCACGCUACCUACCCCUGGAGUGCUGGCGACCGAAUCCUGUUGGUGGCCUACCACGCCAGAGCAGUGGACAAAUUGCCGGAGGAGGGGCACGCUCAGCUUCGUCGUCGAGGCUUCUACUCCCUCCAGUUCGACUCUACAGACCGACACCGCACUUUGAACUACGGUGCCGGGUCGAGUGACGACUGA